AUGAGUGAAGAAGAUUUAUCUGCAUUAGUAACUUCAAUUGAUGAAAAUGAUAUUGAAAUAAUUCCUUCAAAUGGUUAUGAAAUAAAUGAUGAAUUAGAUUUUAUGCCUGAUCAUUUUACCAUUGAUAAUCGAAAUCUUGAUACAUCAGAUGAAACAAUUCCACCAACAAUACCAAAUAAUUUAACUCGUGAAGUUUCCGAGGAAUUUGAAGAUGAAACAUUCAUUGAACGUCUUUAUGGUUUAACUGAAAUGUUUCCUAAUUGGUUACAUAGAUUAUUUCACAAUUCUUAUCAAUAUUCAAAAUAUAUUGGUCCAUUUAUGAAAAAAUCUAUUUGGUUUUGUAGUUCAUCAUUUCUUGUCUUAAUUCUUCCAAUUCUUGUUCAACUAGAAUUUUCACAAGUUCUCGAUAUGGAAGCUGCGCAAACACGUCAAAUUCUUCUUGGACCAUCCGCUCAAAUUGCAUCAAAUAUAGGUGGCAUUGGUCUAAACUAA